AUCACUUAACAUACUCUCUCCUGGGGUCGAAAGAGUGCCUGCACUCUAUAAGGCAGAAAGAAAAAGGAGAAGAACUAGCAGGGGUGAUCUGCAUAGAGAAUGCAGGAAAGCAGCUGCAGAUUCAAGAGUUGUGUGGAUGCCUUUAAAGUUAUUUACUUAACACCCAGAUGUGAGUUUGUGAUAAAAAUCCCCAGAGGAGACGCAGAGCAGGAGGAAGAAGAGGAGGAAAUGGCAGCUUCUCAGGGACGGCUGACGUUCCAGGAUGUGGCCAUAGACUUCACCCAAGAGGAGUGGGAAUGCCUGGACCUCGGUCAGCGGGAAUUGUACAGGGAUGUGAUGUUGGAGAGUUAUGGGAACCUGGCCUCCUUGGGUCUCAUGGUCUCUAAGCCGGACCUGGUCACCUUUCUGGAGCAAAUGAAGAAUUCCUGGGAUGUAAGGAGAACGCACACAACAGCUACAUACCCAGCUCUGUCUUCUCACAACACACAUGGUUUGAUGUCAAAGAAUCCAAGGUUUGAAAAUUUAAUCCGAACAGCAAACUUAGGACUACAUGAAAGAGCUCACCUCGGAACUGACCAUUUAAUCAAAGCCUGGGGAUACAUAAGGGUAUGUGACAGACUGAGAGGAUGUUUAUAUGGACAUAAAGAAAUUGAGACCAUUUCACAUACUGUGGACAUGACUGCCAGAAGAAAUGAGCACUGUGAGUCAAAUUGGGGAAAUCACGUGUUUGGGUCAUCACCAUCUGCCACACAGUGUAUCUUUGUAAGCAAUGACUUACAUCAGUUUUUGAAACACACAUGUCUGGAAGGUCAUCCAGUCUCUACUCCAAAUGCUCGUUCAAAUCACUCUGAACAUAGUCUUCGAUUACUCAUACAUUCAACCACAUCUGAAAAGGAGAAGUUUACAAAUGAUGGGGAAAACUCACAAUAUAAUCAACUUGACGGAUCUGUGAGCAAUGGGUCAUUAUUCUUCUGUCAACAGACAGGUUCUCUCCAAUCUAAAAUGUGUAAUGUUGAUAAUAAUGGAAGAGACUUAAUUCAGCCAUCACUGUUUGAUACAUAUCGUGAUAGGGUUAAUAUAAAACAACUUUUCAUGUGUAAUAACACGAGUCAGGCCUUAAGUAGGAGCUCCAACCCCAAUAGUUACCAGAGUAUUUAUGAUGGAGCAAGAAACUGUUCAUGCAAUGACAGUGGAUAUAACAUUGAACAAGCCUCUGAUCUUAGGAAACAUCAGGCUCUUCAAUCUUCUGAUAAGGACUCAAAAAGUAAUACAUGUAGGAAUAUCUUUUAUCGAGCAUCAGGGCUUUCACUAAAUAAGAGUACACAUACUGGAGAGGAGACUUAUAAUUCUAGUGAAUAUGAUGUUUCCAAUCAGUCUUCAGAACUUAUUGCACAGCAGAGUAUUCAGAAUCCAGAGAAAAACUACAAGUGUAAGAAACAAUGUGCAAAAGCUUUCAGUCAAUACGCAACUCUUAUUAAACACCAGCAAAUUCAUACUGACGAGAAGCCUUAUAAAUGUAAGGAUUGUGGCAAAGGCUUUAUUCAACGCAGAGGUCUUACUUGCCAUCAGAGAAUUCACACUGGAGAGAAACCUUAUAAAUGUCAAGAAUGUGGAAAAGCUUUCAGUCAAUACACAACUGUUAUUAAACACCAGAGAAUUCAUACUGGAGAGAAGCCUUAUAAGUGUAAGGAUUGUGGCAAAGACUUUAGCCAGGGCUCAGGCCUCAUGUACCAUCAGAGAGUUCAUACUGGAGAGAAGCCUUAUAAAUGUCAGGAUUGUGGCAAAGGCUUUAUCCAGGUCUCAGGCCUUAUGUACCAUCAGAGAGUUCAUACUGGAGAGAAGCCUUAUACAUGUAAGGAUUGUGGCAAAGGCUUUAGCGGGCACUCAGGCCUUAUGUACCAUCAGAGAGUUCAUACUGGAGAGAAGCCUUAUAAAUGUAAGGAUUGUGGCAAAGGCUUUAGCCGGCGCUCAGAUCUUACUUGCCAUCAGAGAAUUCACACUGGAGAGAAACCUUAUAAAUGUCAAGAAUGUGGAAAAGCUUUCCGUCAAUGCUCUACUCUCACUCAACACCAGCGAAUUCAUACUGGAGAGAAGCCUUUUAAAUGUAAAGAUUGUGGCAAAGACUUUAGGCGCCGGCCCAGUCUUACGCACCAUCAGAGAAUUCACACUGGACAGAAACCUUAUAAAUGUAAAGAAUGAGGAAAAGCUUUCAGUCACUAUGCAACUCUUACUAAACAUGAGUGAAUUCAUACUGAAGAGAAGCCUUAUAAAUGUAAGGAUUGUGAUAAAGACUUUAACCCAGCACAUUGGUCUUACUUACCAUCAGAUAAUUCAUACUGAAGGAAAUCUCAUCGAUGUGAGGAAACCUGCAAAGGCUUUAAUCAGAGCUCUCACCUCACUGGACAUCAGAGAGCAUGUCCUGGAGGGAAACCCUAGUACUGAAGUAAGACAUGGAAGAGGUUUGUCCUGAACAUACAGUUCAGGAAUCCCAAGAUUGUUUAUAUAAGAAAGAUAUGGAAUGACAUAAAGAAAAUGUAAGUAAGUAUUUACAAAAAAUCAAAUCUAAAUAAAUGUCAGGAAAUGCAUAGUAGAAAGCAUUUCAUAAAUCCUGUUUUCUGACGUUCCUCUUAGGGAGAAAUAUUGUAGAUGUGAUUCAUAGUUAAAAUAGACAGAAAAUUGAUAUGUUAGUAUGGAUCACAAGAUGAAGAGGUGAUGUUUAGCCAUGUACAGUUACUAGCUAUGUAUGUUUGUUUAUAUUGACAUGAUUUGUGAUUAUUUGAAAACCAAAAUGAAUGUAACUGAAUUCUCAAAUUACUACAUGCCACACUUCAUUUCUAGUGUGCAUGCGAAGUUAUGUUUUUGAUGGUUGCUACCUCAAAGAUGAGAGAAGCCCUUCUAUCUAGGAAGAAAACAUUUAUAUUUUUCUCCAUUAUGAGAUUAAGGACACAGUAAUGUAACAUGUGCAGUGAAUAUCUAAAUGGUGGUGUUUGUCAUUCAUGUCACACAUCCCUGUAACUCACUGUGAUGUAAGUGUUCAGGGAAUAAUUCCACAGAUUAAAGUAAGAUGUCCAUUUUUAAUAGUUACAUCACUUGCUGUUAAAGUAAAAUAACUGUUCACUAAAACCUUGAUGUAUUUUAUAAUAUCAACAGAAGUCAUGAAUAUCACUUGCCAUGUUUCAAUUAAAGACAUUUCUGCUACCCUCGAAAUGUAUGGAAAACCCUUCCCAGAAAAGUCAUGUAAUUAGUUUACAUCUUCUUAAAUGAUUAGCCUCCCUUUUGUAACCAUAGAAAUCAUAGUUCUCAGAUCAUUUUACCAGAAGAAAGAAUAUCAUUCUUUAUG